CAGAAGACUCGCCGGCCCAGCCCCGGCCCGCGUCUGCCUGCCCGCCUGCUCUUCUGUCUCCCUCGAGGCAUCGCCGCAGCCCGCUGGUGGUCAGCACCAAACGCUCCGAGCGCCCUUCGUCCCGAAAGCAGGACGCGUUGCAGCCCGUCCGCGCGAGAAGGAGGGCAGCUGGCAACCCUGGACUCGCCCCCGGACCGCGGGACCUGGAUGGACACGUCAGAGACCAGCAGCGCCACAGAGGAGGAAGAGGAGAAGAUGGCCGCCGAGCAGCGGCCCAGGACCCGCUCCAACCCGGAGGGGGCCGAGGACCGCACCCUGAGUAUGCAGGCCAGCGUGGGGAGCCGCAGUGAGGGGGAGGGGGAGGCGGCCAGCACCAGCACCAGCCCCCCGAGCGCAGCUGGCCCGGCCCCCAACGGCAAGACCUGGCUGGCCCCGGCCCCUCCCUCCGAGUUCCAGGUCCGGACUCCGCGGGUGAACUGCCCAGAGAAGGUGAUCAUCUGCUUGGAUCUCUCGGAGGAAAUGUCCCAUCCGAGGCUGGAAUCCUUCAAUGGGCUGAGAACCAACGCGCUGAACAUCUCCCAGAAGAUGAUCGAGAUGUUUGUCCGCACCAAGCACAAGAUCGACAAGAGCCAUGAGUUUGCGCUGGUGGUGGUGAACAACGAUGUCACCUGGCUCUCCGGUUUCACUUCGGAACCCAGAGAAGUGUGCAGCUGUUUGUACGACUUGGAGACCUUGGUCUGCAAAUCCUUCAACCUGGAAGGCCUUUUCAGUCUCAUACAGCAGAAGACGGAGCUUCCGGUGACGGAGAACGUCCAGACCAUCCCACCGCCCUACGUGGUGAGGACCAUCCUGGUGUACAGCCGUCCUGCUUGCCAGCCACCGGUGGUGGUGACGGACCAGAUGAAGAAAAUGCUCCAGUGCCCUUAUUUCUUCUUCGACGUGCUUUACAUCCACAACGGCAUUGAGGACAAAGCGGAGGAAAUCACCUGGAAGGAGACCUUUGCCUUCUUCAGCAACCUGGAUGCCAAGGGCACCAACCACAAGUAUGAGGUCUCCCUGAGCGGCCCAGCCGUGGAGCUCCACAACUGCAUGGCCAAGCUGCUGGCCCACCCGCUCCAGCGGCCGUUCCAGGCCCACGCCUCCUACAGCAUGCUGGAGGAUGAGGAGGAUGCGCCGGAGAGCGAGGCCGUCGUGUGACCCGCGGCGGUGGAGGGCAGAGCGGGACGAAGCAGGCUGGCGAGCCGAGGAGCAUCUGGACGUGGCUGGUGGCCGAGAGGGCUGCAAGGAGGACCCCUGCUAGAGCCUGCCUGUGUCUCUUCCUUCGUAACCUUCCUUGCUGGGCAUUUCCACAGGCUGUUGGAACAUCAAAAAGGAAAGAAUAAAGAACUCAGCUGGGAUGUUGGGGGGU